GGAGGUUCCUAGUAAGAAAUCAAUAUAUAUGAUGCUGCAAAUUUGUAAAGGCAAACUGCUAAUGAAUGAAAGGCUUGAAACAGUUAUGUGUGUGAAGUUACCAGUAAAAUGAUGAUGAAAACAAGGAUCAAGAAGACCAAUGGGAAACCACUUAGGAAGGAACCAUAGAAAAUGUACACUUCAGAAGAGAGAUGUAACCAGAGAACUCAAAAAAGAAAAAUAUACCAUAUACGCCCUCAGAAGGGAAAAAAGAUUUAUAUCCGUGUACAUGAGAUUACUCAAAUAGAUAAUCAAAUACAUCAGUGCCUUGAACGUGAACAAAACUUUUGUGAAAACUUAGCACGUAUGUGUGAGAAAACAUAUACUGGGGAGAAACCUUAUAGGUGUGAUAUGUGUGAGAAAACCUUCAUCCAAAGUUCAGAUCUUAUUUCGCACCAGAGGAUCCAUAAUUUUGAAAAACCUUAUAAGUGUAGCAAAUGUGAGAAGAGCUUUUGGCAUCACUUAGCCCUUUCAGGACACCAGAGAACACAUGCAGGUAAAAAGUUUUAUACCUGUGACAUCUGUAGCAAGAAUUUUGGUCAGAGCUCCGAUCUGCUUGUCCACCAGCGAAGCCAUACAGGUGAAAAACCUUAUCUGUGUAAUGAGUGUGAUAAAUGCUUCAGUCGAAGUACAAAUCUCAUAAGGCACCGAAGAACUCACACAGGUGAGAAACCAUUUAAAUGUCUGGAAUGUGAAAAAGCUUUUAGUGGGAAAUCAGAUCUUAUUAGCCACCAAAGGACUCACACUGGUGAAAGACCCUACAAAUGCAAUAAAUGUGAGAAAAGUUAUCGACACCGUUCAGCCUUCAUUGUGCAUAAAAGAGUUCAUACUGGGGAGAAACCAUACAAGUGCGGUGCCUGUGAGAAGUGCUUUGGCCAGAAAUCAGACCUUAUUGUACACCAGAGGGUCCAUACUGGUGAGAAACCGUAUAAAUGCUUGGAGUGCAUGAGGAGUUUUACCAGGAGUGCCAACCUAAUUAGGCACCAGGCAACUCACACUCAUACUUUCAGAUGCCUUGAAUAUGAGAAAAGUUUCAGCUGUAGUUCAGACCUUAUUGUACAUCAGAGAAUUCACAUGGAAGAAAAACCACAUCAGUGGUCUAUGUGUGAGAGUGGUUUCUUCCUAGGUAUGGACUUUGUUGCCCAGCAGAAAAUGAGGACGCAGACAGAGGAGCUACAUUAUAAGUACAGUGUAUGUGAUAAAAGCUUUCAUCAUAGCUCAUCCCUUCUUCAACAUCAGACAGUACACAUUGGUGAAGAAUACAUCUGUAAUGUCAGUGAAAAAGGUCUUGAUCUCAGCUCUCAUGCAUCAGAAACAUCACAGACGUCUUGACAAGAAGUCACAUAACCUUAAAAAAACAAAAAGGUAUUUACACAUAACCCAUUAAGAAAAAGGAAAACGUCUCCUAAGUAAAUUUCAGAAUUCCCUCAGAUCUGAAACUUCAUUGAGAACCAGAGAGAGAGAGAGAGAGAGAGAGAGUCUACAGUCUUUGGAACUUUGGAACUGUAAGAAAAACUUUAUGCAGAGAGUGGCCACACAAGGAGACCGUUAUUAGCCACAUUUGCGAAGAACUCCACAAAUGCUCUGGGUUUUGGAAAACCUUCCACACUAGAAGGUUCAUAGGAAGCCUUACAUGUGCAGUAUGGGAACUCUCCAGCAGUGUUAAACCCUCAUCGUUACAGGAGAAUUCACACCAGAGAACAACUGUUUACAUGCUUUGUGUCAGUACUUUGGACAGUGUGUAUGCCUUAUUGGAUAUCAGAAAAUUCAUCCUGGGGAGAAACCCCAGAAAUUACAGGAAAAGCUUCUAGCAGAAUUCUGACUUUCUUACCCAUCAGAGAAUCCGUACUGUAUAAGUGGAUAUUUACCUCGAGUGUGGCAGAAACAUUUGUUGGAGAGUCUUACUUGGGUUUGCAUCCUUCUAAACAAAAAUCAGAAGAAAAUGUCUAAAUGAGAAAAGCUUGUUAAUUUUCAUCUCUUGGGGUAUAUCAGGGAACUCACAUCCGUGAAAACCCAUAAAUGCUUUGUGUCUGAGAAGCUAGAAGCGCUCAUCUAAUCGGGCCCCCAGGAAUCAUGUCUACAGAGGAGUUGCUCCAAUAAGAGAUCUAGUUGUGGGUGAGAAUCUGUACAUAUACUAUGUAUGAAAAGAGUUGUUCUCAUAGUUGAACCACAUUGUAAAAAACUAAAUAGAGUUGUUCGGAAGGAAAGAAUGUCUUAGCGACCCAGAACCUUGUUCUGGAGGAACUGGGACAGGUCAGUGUGGAUCUGAAGGGUAACUCAGGUAAAGACACUUUUCUUUUGUCUGAACCGCUUAAUGAUUGCUUUAGUUUCACUUCUAAAAAUUCAGAAAUCCAAUAAAGGGGCUGUAAUUUUAUGUAUAAGGUAAGGCAUGAGUUAUUGUUGGAAGAAAGGAGCACUUUGAUUUUUGCUUCCCCCCUCCCUUUUUUUUUAAUUCUCUUGUCUAGAAUGGGAAUGGUGUGUUGAUAGCAGGCUAUGAAAUAAGAACUAUGAAGCUAGGGAGUACUUAGUUUGGGUUAAAAUUCUCAGUAGUAGUUUCCUCUUUAUAUGAUCAACCUCAGCAAAAAAGCAGAAUACUCAGCUCUUAGUGUUGAGAUCUGUCCUCAAAAUUGUCCCUAAAAUACCUUUUUGCGUUAUCCCUGGUCCUUGAAAUUUCAAAUUUAGAGGUUCAUUUCUUUCCAAGUCAAAGUAACAACUGGGAUGAUGUUAUAGUAUCCAGGUUUUGGGGACUUGCUUCAUCUCUUUCAGUAAUAGAUACUGUCUCACCUGGCUCAGAGCAGAAGGAAUAGGGGAAAGCUGUAAGCCAGAGAGAGCAGAGGAGAAACACAGUGAGGUAUUCUUAAUAGUGGAACAGGACACUGAUUUUGAGGGUCCUGACUGCAAAGCUCACGUUCUUCUUCAUUCUAUUAUCCUGAUGCUUGCAGCAAAAUAAGCUUUAUAAUGACACAUUUUUUUUUUUCCAUUUAUUUCAGUUCUGUCAAGGAAAGAAAAAUACAGUUUAAUCCCAGGGAAAGGAUUGCAAUCAGCACAAAACAAUAUAAGGUAUAUUCUUGGUUUGGAAUGUAGGAUUCUAAGUAUUAGAAAAGUGGUUGGCACAUUCACCUAAGGUUUAAGGAUAGCAUUUGUUUCCAGUAUGUAGGGUAACGAUUGUCUUUAACAUUUUUUGGCUAGCUCAUGACCCAAGCAUCUAAUGGUCACUUCUUGUUGCUUUUCUGUCUUUGGCUUAAAAGACUUUAAUUGAAAUAUUUCAAGUUCCUAUAGUAUUUGGGAUUCUGUAGAAUAUAAUUAUUUUGUUGCUAAUCACAGUCCUCUGGUUUUAAUGUCAUUUGUUCAGUGAACCCCUGAAUUAGUGUUUAGAGUCAUGAAAUUGAUCCCGUGAUACCGUACAUGUGGCUAUAAGCUCUCAACCUGAUAGUUGUUUGAUAAUCAUAAUCUUUAAGGACAGUGAAUUUAGCUCAGCAUAGAAUCGGGUUCCAAUGUUUUUCCUUUUAAAAAACAGGUUGUAUCAGUUUUAAUCUGACAUGGUCUAGUAAUUUUUAUAAAUAACUUUAGUACUAUGAAAGUUUGUUCACUGUGAUAAACACACACAAGAUAGGUAUUUUUCUCCUUGGCAGUAAAAAAUAAAUUAGUCAUUAUGGCUGCUCAUUAGGCAAUGGAGAAAGAGACAAAGUUUAAACCAUUAAUAGGUUGGUGACUUACCCUUCCUUCAGUCUGUCUCACUGGUAAUUGUCUAUAGUCUCUAAGUAAACUAACAGUGGACCAUUCCUCAAACAGAACUUUGAGGAUGUAAAGCAGGCCUGAGGCCUGUUAACUAUGGUGAGAAGGUGUUGGUAUUACAUAGCAUAACCUGAGGUUGGAGAGGAUCACUUGGGAGCCUGUAACCAAAGCUAGAAGGUAACUUCUGGGAUGGAUGGAGGUUCCCUUGAAGCAGUGCCAACCCAAUUCUACCUCAGGUAAGUAGUUAGAGUAACUUUUUUAAGAUUUCAGACCAAAUGAGAUAAAUUGUAUUCCAUCCAUGUACUCCUCUAUGCUUUGUUGUUUUUGUUUACUUUUAAUUCUUAAAUAAAUGUUCUGAAAAACA